AUGGAAGCAUGCACUCCAAGCAGUCCAACUGUGCGCAACACCUCGCCAAAGGCUUGGAUUAAUGAGUUCCACUAUAGCAAUAAAGGCAAAGACCAAAAUGAGUUUAUUGAGAUUGUAGUUGGGCCAUCAACUGAUGCAGCAUCCCUGAAGCUUAUAUUGUAUAAUGGAAGUAACGGAAGAAUGUACAGGUCAUUGUCACUGUCAGACAAUGAAGCUUUUAGUGUCAGCAAAAGUGGAUCAGGAUUUCUCAUCUACACAGCUUUUAUUCCUAUCCAGAACGGUCCUGCUGAUGGUAUAGCAUUGCUUUCAGGCAGAGAUGGAAAAACAGUUUGAAGUGUUGCAGUUUCUGUCUUACGGAGGUACUGUCAGAGCGAUGGAUGGUCCGGCAAAAGGCACUGAAUCUAUGGAUAUUAUGGUUCAAGAAACAGAAGGGUCAUCAGAACAUGAUUCAUUAGGAUUGACAGGUCAGAAGCUUGGAGAGUACAAAUGGUUAAAGUUCACUGGAGAUGCAACCCCAGGAGAGCC